AUGAUUCAUCCUUCUACAAUUUGGAUUAUUCUCUCCCUUGCUGUUAUAUAUGGUUGGCCGUUUCGCCAAUUUGAUUUUAACAACACCUUCUUGAAUGGUGAUUUAACUGAGGAUGUUUUUAUGUUACAACAUCCUAGCUUUGUGUCCAACAACCCUUCAUUAGUGCGCAAGCUUGAUAAAGCCAUUUAUGGCCUCAACAAGACUGAAAUUGAUGCUUUAAUCACUGACUUGAACUCUAAAUUUUCUCUUAAAGACUUAGGUAGUUUGAAUUAUUUCCUUGGUUUAGAAUUCAAUAUGCUUGGCACUGGUGAGCUUCACAUUUCACAAUCAAAAUAUAUUCUUGAUCUGUUAAGACGUGUAGGCCUCUUUAGCUCCAAGCCUGUCCCCACCCCUAUGCUAUCCUCUUUCAAGUUGAUUUCUAAAGGGUCUGAACCAUAUGAAAACUCAACUCUCUGUAGGUCUCUUGUUGGAGGGUUGCAAUAUGCAACCUUAACUCAUCCAAAGAUCUCCAUCUCUGAAUCGAAUUGGGCGAGUGACAUUGAAGAUCACAGGUCUACUAAUGGAUAUUGUGUCUUUCUUGGCAAUAACCCAGUGUUUUGGUGUAGUCGAAAGCAAAUGGCAGUGAGUCGCUCAUCUAUAGAAGCUGAAUUUAGAUGUCUUGCAGAUGUUGGAGUCAAAAUACUAUGGGUUCUUAAGUUGCUACAAGAACUUGGUAUUCCUUAA